AUGCUUGAUGCCUCCAACAUUCAUGUAAAAGAAGCAUGGACAGUCAAAUCCAAUGCUUUUGACUGCCGACCUCAGUGCGUGAAUCCAGACUGGAAGCAUAUCAAACACCUAGACAUACCCUCAGUUGAACCAGCACAAAUCAAGAUGUUGAUUGGCUUAAACAUUCCUGAGGCACACUUGCAAGUUGAAGUCAUUGAGGGACAAAAAGAUGAACCAGUUGCUGUUCGCACUGCCCUGGGAUGGUCACUCAUGGGGGUGGCAAGUAGUGAAAGUAGUGCUGCUCAGGAAGUCCAAGCCAGUGUCAAUCUCACAAUUACACGCGAUCUGGAAAUACACGAGAGUGUUGAGCGAUUCUGGAAAACUGAGUCCUUUGGAGCUGCGUAUGACAAGAAGCAAUCAUCGUCCAUUGAUGAUCGAAAAGCAGAACACAUCCUGAAAGAGACUACCUGUUUAGUGGAUGGACAUUACCAAGUUGGUAUGCUCUGGAAAAAGGCGGAUUGCAUUCUCCCGAACAACUAUGCUGCUGCGGAGAAACGAUUCAAGCUCUUGGCAAAGAGACUAAUGCAUGAUAAAGAUUUCGGGAUCAAGUACAGCAACACUCUGAAUGGCUAUAUAUCAAAUGGUCAUGCACGAAAACUCAUGCAGGAGGAAAUAGCCAGUGUUUCACCACGAACGUGGUAUAUACCGCACCAUGGAGUCACAAGCCCAAAUAAGUCUGGCAAGGUGAGGGUAGUUUUUGAUGCGGCUGCAGCAUAUGCCGGAACAUCAUUAAAUGACAAUCUGUUGAGUGGCCCAGAUUUAGUGAAUAACUUGUUUGGAGUGAUUCAGAGGUUCAGGUUAUAUCAAAUUGCCCUCAUGGCUGAUGUGGAAGGCAUGUUCCACCAAGUAAGAGUUUUUGAACAUGACUCAGACUCACUAAGAUUCUUAUGGAAAGCCGACAACCAGCAACCUGGUCCACCUGAUGUCUACAAAAUGCUUGUCCACAUCUUUGGAGCCACCGAUUCAUGUUCUUGUGCAUGUUAUGCACUCCAGCAAACUGCUCGCGACAACGCAAAUGAAUUUCAUCCAUCAGUGAUCAAGGCUGUUUCCAGAGACUUCUACGUUGACGAUCUGGUGAAGUCAGUUGAAACUGUAGCUGAAGCGAUCCAGAUGACACAGGACCUACCAAAUCUGAUGCAAAAGGGUGGUUUUCAUUUACAUAAGUGGGUCUCAAACUCAGAGAAAGUCCUUGCUGUCAUUCCUGAAAGUCAAAAAGCAAAUCAGCCUAAAGACUUUGAUUUAGAUGAACAACCCCUGCAACGCGCUCUAGGACUGCGCUGGAAUGUUGAGCAGGACUGCUUUACAUUCAAUCCCACACAUAGGGAUGUGACAAACACUAAAAGAGCUGUAGUCAGUACUGUUUGUUCAAUAUUCGAUCCAUGCGGAUAUCUUGCUCCAUUCACCAUCCGCGCCAAAUUCAUGAUCCAAGAAAUAUGGCGACGUGGUCUCGAUUGGGAUGAUACACUUCCAAUAGAUAUCCAAGCAAAAUGGGAAGUAUGGCACAGCGAGCUGGAACAGUUACACGAUUUCAAUUUACCCAGGCAUCACCUGCUGUUCUCGUCACAGUUUGAUCAUGUAGAAGUGCAUGUAUUUGCUGACUCUUCAGAGAAAGGAUACGGUGCUGUAGCAUAUCUUCGGUACUUGCUUAAUUCCGGGACAAAUACAUGCUCAUUCCUGGCUGCAAAGACUCAUGUUGCACCAUUAACUCCACAGUUGACGAUACCCAGGCUGGAACUUCAAGGGGCAGUUUUAGCAAUCCGUUUGUGGGUUGUGCUGAAAAAAGAGCUGGACCUGAAAAUAGAAAGAGUUGUGUUCUGGACAGAUUCGAAUACUGUGCUACAAUAUCUGAACAAUGAAACGAAACGCUUCAAGCCAUUCGUAGCCAACAGAGUGUCGGAAAUCCUUGACUCAAGCGACUGUAAGCAGUGGCGUCAUGUUGCAAGUGUGGACAAUCCAGCUGACCACUCAACAAGAGGACUGCAUGCAUGCAGCCUAACACAAUCUCAUCCAUGGUUUCAUGGACCAGAAUUCCUCUGGUCAUCUGAAGACAACUGGCCUUUACAUGAGAUUCCAGGACACACACCUGGGAAUGACCCAGAAAUCAAAGGCAAAUGUGUGAUGAAAAGUCUUGUCAAACGAGAUCAAUCAGCUCCUGACUUACAAGGCCUCAAGCUGUCGGGCAUCUUGGAUCCAGCUGACUUUUCAUCUUGGCAACGACUUGUCGGCCUGUCGGCAUGGACUUUAAGAGCAGUUCGAAACUUUCUGUCAACACUGAAACACAGAGAACUGAAACCAAAUCGCAACAAAACAAUGACAGUGAGCGAGCGAACAGAGGUCGAGUAUCACUUGAUUGAAGAAACACAGAGGGAAGCGUUCCCUGAGGAAUUUGCUAAUCUUGAAGCAGGUCAGGGGCUCUCAGCGAAAUCAAAACUCUUUCCGUUGUCUCCGACAUUUGACGGUAGAUUAAUCAGAGUUGGAGGAAGACUGCGCAAAGCUCAGAUUCCCAAUGAAGCCAAGUAUCAGAUAAUCAUGCCUGGCAAUCACCCAGUGACUCACCUGAUCAUGGAAGAUAUGCAUAUCAAGUCUGCACAUUGUGGCCAAGAGCAUAUGAUAGCACUUGUUAGACAACAAUAUUGGCCAGUCAAUGCAAGGAAAAUAGCCAAACAAGUUCUACGCAGUUGCCGUGAUUGCCACCGAAGACGAGCAAAGCCCACCAUUGUCAAGAUGGCAGAUGUGCCUAUUUGUCGGAUUAGUGCCUUUGAAGGCGUGUUUGCUCAUACAGGAGUUGAUUAUUUCGGUCCACUGAUGGUGAAGGAACGUAGAAGCACAGUGAAGAGGUGGGGCUGUCUAUUUACAUGUCUCUCAACAAGAGCCGUCCACAUUGAGCUUGCAAAUUCACUUGAGACAGAUGAAUUUUUGUUGGUACUUCGGAGUUUCAUAGGACGUCGUGGACAUCCUGGUCAUCUUUAUAGCGACAACGGCACUAAUUUCCGCGGUGCAGACAAUGAACUGUAUCAAUGUUUGCAGAACAUCCAGCAAACCAAAAUUGCUGACUACCUCACCCCGAUGAAGAUUGAAUGGCAUUUUAAUCCCCCUCUCAGUCCUCACUUUGGUGGAGCAUGGGAAAGGUGUUGGAGAUCAGAAUCUCAGAAUGUUUCAGUUGGAGAUCUCGUUCUGGUGGUCGACGAAGCUAAACCCAGAGGACAUUGGGAUUUGGCAAGGAUCGUCGAGGUUUACGCUGGCGAUGAUGGACGUGUUCGAGCUUUGAAAGUCCAAACCAAAAAUGGUCAGUACAUCAGACCAGCGGCUAAGGUGUGUGUGCUUGAGGAAUCUGUGUGUAGUGACGCUUAG